AUGUCGCAAGCGAUCGGAAAUACUGCACUGGCAUAUGCGAGAGUAUGGCACCAUGUCGAUGCAUCCGACCGCAUCCUCGGAAAACUUGCUGAGCGAAUAGCGCUCGUGCUCAUGGGUAAACACAAGCCCAUAUAUGACCCAGGAGUUGAUUGUGGUGACUAUGUCAUCGUAACAAAUGCUCGAAAAGUCCUAGUAACUGGUCGCAAGAGCGAAACAAUACUCUUCCGCAAACACUCUAUGUAUCCAGGAGGAAUGAAAGAAACACCUUACCAAACAAUGAUGCAGAAGAAUCCUGACGAGAUCAUCCGUCGUGCUGUUUCUGGGAUGCUGCCCAAAAACAAAUUGCGGGAGCGUCGUUUAGACCGUUUGCGAGUCUUUCCUUCGUAUCAAAUGGGCAAAGUCGGGGGAAAUAUUUUGCGAAGCUGGGAAGAUGGGACCCUUGACAGAAAUGGAGCUUCUGGCCCCAAGCAGAAAAGCUUGAUGUCUUUCUUUGGAAAAGGUCAAUCUCAGUCGACGCCGAAAACCAAGACUGUGCCACAAAAGCAAACACCCCAACCAACGACCCUGAAUUCUUCUGAGGCGUCUUCCAGACAAGGAAGCAGCUCUAGAGACACGCCUCCGACCAGCGACGCGGUGGAUAUAAUCGAUAUUGAUAUGUUGUCCGACCGGGAGAGUGAACCCAGUCGUGUUCUGACUGGUAAACGGAAAAUGAUAGUGUUAGAUGACUCGGAUGAAGAGCCAAUACCGUCGGAAGCGAGUUCGAUGCCGCCAGAGUCGUCGCCUGCGAAUGUCAAGAAAGCUGCGAAGAAAGCGCGUCUCUCUGCGCUGCUGUCGGAUGAGGAAGAAGAAGAUGAGGCCAACAAAAGUGCCUCUAGUUCGUUCUCCCAGCGGCUCAGUCAUUUCAAAAAGGUACCGCUCAAAUCCGGCCGUAAAGGCUCUACUGCCUCAGAUGACUAUGCAGACUAUGUUCUCUCGGACUCGGAUGUGGAAACCAAGUCAAUCAAAUCAAUGAAAUCCACAGCAUCUUCCUCAGGCUCUCGUUCAUCGGCUUUCUCAGACGUAGACGACGAAGACGAGGAUAGGCCUAAAAAAGCCAAGACCUCAGCAAGGCCCAAAAUCACACCCACAACGUCCAACCCAACCUCUAGUACGCGGAACUUCCUCACUGCCGCCGAGCAACGCCAAAUAGAGAAGAAAAACGGGAAGAAGGACGAAGAACUUCCGUUCUCGUUUUUGCAGAACGUCAAGGAUAAAGACGGCAAUACUUGGAAGGAUUUCACUCCUUUCGAGAAACAAUUCUGGGAAAUCAAGCAAAAUCAUUACGACACAAUAUUGUUUUUCCAGAAAGGCAAAUUUCUGGAGCUAUAUGAAGACGAUGCACGCAUUGGUCACCAGCAAUUCGACCUCAAGCUUACGUCGAGAGUCAAAAUGUCAAUGGUCGGUGUGCCAGAAACGUCCUUCAACUUUUAUGCUGCUAAAUUUCUUGGUCAAGGAUAUAAAGUCGGACGAGUGGAUCAGGCAGAAACGGCGCUUGGAGCUGAGAUGCGCGUCAAGGCAGAUAAAUCGCAAGGCAAAGUGGCGGCUGACAAGAACAAGGAAAAAAUUGUUCGACGUGAAUUAAACAAAGUUUAUACUAAUGGCACGCUUAUUGACCCUGACAUGAUAUCUGACGAUCAAGCUGGUCACUUUAUUUCCCUAUCCGAAACCUUCAACGAAGGAGAUGAUACGAAAAGCACCUUUGGCCUGGUUGCUCUGGACUGCGCUACGUCGCAAUUCCACUUGAGUACCUUCCAGGACGACAUCUGUUGUACCAAGCUUGAGACGUUCAUGCGCCAACUUCGACCAAAGGAGCUGCUUUUUACCAAGGGCAAGUUAUCAGUGACCACCACCCGCACACUGAAGGCAACACUGCCUGCCUCUUGCCUGUGGACCUCGCUACGGGAGGUUGAAGGCUUUAACUACGAACAGACCCUCGUGGAACUCCGGAAACUCUACGGCUCUGAGGGCAAUGAGGCCAUGGACGAUAGUGAAGAGUCACUUCCCUCAAGCGUCCCGGAGCCAAUUCGAGAUAUGCUGCAUUGUCGUAGUGCAAUUGAGUCGCUUGGAUCAAUGAUUUGGUAUUUGCGCCAGCUCAACAUUGACAGUGACAUCCUGAGCAUGCGCAACUUCAAUGUGUAUGAUCCAAUGAAACGUGGUCAAGGACUUGUUCUCGAUGGGCAGACACUUGCUCACAUCGAGAUACUGCUGAACAACGAGGGCACAGAAGAGGGCACCUUGUUGAAGCUGUUGAACCGUGCAGUCACGCCCUCCGGCAAGCGGCUGUUCCGAAUUUGGUUGUGCAUGCCGUUGAAGGAAAUAUCUGAAAUUAACACUCGUCUUGAUGCCGUCGAGGAUAUCAUGGACCACCCGGAAUUCGAACAGGACUUUUUGGACUUGACAAAGGGUCUUCCUGACCUGGAGCGAAUCGUCUCCCGUAUUCAUGCAAAAAACUGUACGAUCAGAGACUUUUUGAAGGUGCUUGCGGCUUUCAAGAAACUGAGCCAUGGGUUGAGCCAUCUGGCAGAUGUUUCCGAGAGCUUCAAAUCCAAAACAAUUUUUGGUCUGCUGCGUGGUGCCCCGGAUCUCGUCCAGAAUAUCACCAAGGUUCAACGGAUGUAUGAAAAGCCAGCGUCGGAAAAGGAUGCUUCUGAGCUGGUGCCCCAAAUCGGUCAAGACAAGGUUUACGACGAGAUCAUGGAGGAACUGGCGGAUCUGGAAAAGGAACUCGAUGAUGAGCUUGAAAAAUUCCGAAAGCAGCUCAAGUGCAAAAGUCUGGUCUACUAUCAUAGCGCUAUUGGAACCAAGGAUAUCUACCUAAUCGAGACCGACGCCAAACUCAAAGUUCCCAAAGACUGGACCAGGACACAUCAGCUCAAGAAUAAAUCUCGCUGGACUCCUGCAUCAAUCCAGCCAAUCGUCAAGUCGCUCAAAGAGGCGCGCGAGAAGCGCAAUGCAGCAAUCAAAUCAUUUCGUCUGCGCCUCUUUGCAGAGUUCGACACGGACCGUUCAAUCUGGUUACGCGCCGUUCGCGUUCUGGCCGAAGUUGACUGCCUUUUCUCUCUUGCCAAAGCUUCUCAAGCUAUUGGAGAACCAUCUUGCCGCCCAAUUUUCGAAGAAGGGCAUUCAGCCUGGGUUAAUUUCAAGGAACUGCGACAUCCCACCUUGUCAAUGAACUCCAACAUCGAAUCAUUCAUCCCCAACGACAUCAAGCUAGGUGGUGAAAUGGGAAAUGUUGCCCUGCUAACCGGCCCCAACAUGGCGGGCAAGUCAACGGUUAUGAGGAUGACUGCGACUGGGGUUAUUAUGGCGCAACUGGGGAUGUUUGUUCCAGCUGUGGAAGCACGCCUCUCUCCUGUGGAUGCUAUACUGACACGCAUGGGUGCGUACGAUAACAUGUUCUCGAAUGCAAGCACUUUCAAAGUCGAGCUCGAUGAAUGCUGCAAAAUCCUCCGCGAUGCUUCACCCAAGUCUUUGGUCAUUUUAGAUGAGCUAGGCCGGGGGACAUCGACCUACGACGGAAUGGCGAUUGCAGGCGCUGUUCUUCAUCAACUCGCAACCCAUACGCUUUGUUUGUCGAUAUUUGCCACUCACUAUGGCUCCCUGACCGACGACUUUACGUAUCAUCCGAACAUUCGGAAUGUUUUCAUGAAAACCAUCGUGGACGAUGAAAAGCGAGAGAUCGUCUUCCUCUAUAAACUUGUCGAGGGAGUCGCGACUUCCUCGUUUGGAACUCACGUCGCCAACUUGGCUGGCGUCCCGUUAUCCGUUGUCGAGCGUGCCUCUGUCGUGUCCAAGAACUUUGCCCAACAGUUUUCAGAAAAAAUGAGUCGUCAAAAAAGCGACGUGGCUGGUCGACUUCCUCUGGCUGCCCGAGCAGACUUUGCAUACCUUUACGGGUUGGCGUCAGGGAAGAUUAAAAUGCCCGCGGAUACCGCUCGAGCACAUCUAGUACUCCAGCAAUUGAGAAAGACAGUAAAAUCCUACGUAACCAACAACUGCUAG